AUGGCCCGCACUAAGCAGACCGCCCGGAAGUCCACUGGUGGCAAGGCCCCGCGUAAGCAGCUUGCCUCCAAGGCUGCGCGCAAGUCGGCCCCGUCCACCGGCGGUGUCAAGAAGCCCCACCGCUACAAGCCUGGUACUGUCGCUCUUCGUGAGAUCCGUCGCUACCAGAAGUCCACUGAGCUUCUCAUCCGGAAGCUGCCCUUCCAGCGCCUGGUUCGUGAAAUCGCUCAGGACUUCAAGUCGGACCUUCGGUUCCAGUCUUCCGCCAUCGGUGCUCUCCAGGAGUCUGUCGAGUCUUACCUCGUCUCCCUCUUCGAGGACACCAACCUGUGCGCCAUCCACGCCAAGCGCGUCACCAUCCAGUCGAAGGAUAUCCAGCUUGCUCGUCGCCUCCGUGGUGAGCGCAACUAA